AAAUAGGAUCAAGCAUCUAAUCAAAACGGAUGCAAUGAAUUAAGAUGGAUGCAAUGGAUAAACAAAGACAACAUUCUCUGCAUUGAGCUUUUAUAUAAAAUAUGUCUUUAAGCAGGGAAUAUGACAACAUGACUGUACUUAUUGACCCAAAUAAAGGGACACCCGCCUUUACAUAUUUUUCAGAAUAUGGAGAAAGGAUGAAAAAUCAGGAGUACUUGGAAUUAAUGGUGUUGAUGACCAUAUGUACAACCAGUGUCAUUGGCAAUAGCCUGGUUAUAGCAGCUGUAAUGAAGAAGCGCUCAAUGCGUAAUCCAACCAACUAUCUUAUUGUCAACUUGUCGAUGUCAGACCUUCUCUUUGUCAUGAUGACCCCAUUUAUCAUGACGACUAGGAUUACAGUCAAUUGGAAACUAGGAGGCUUUCUCUGUAGAAUAGUGUCUUAUAUACAAUUUUUCUCUGCAGCCAACUCAAUCUUAACCAUGAUGUUAAUAAGUAUCGACCGCUAUCGAUCAAUAUGUAUUAUAAAUGUGACAAAAUUGACAACAAAAGUCGGAGCAGUUAUUAUAUGCUGUGUAUGGAUGGUAUCAUUGACGAUGACCCUCCCGAUAGCAUUAUUCAGCAUCGAAACACAUAUCACACAAUGGGGAAAAGAGCAUGUAUUCUGUGGUCUUGUUUGGCCAAAGGAGGCAAAUCCUGACAUAUAUUUCUCUGUCCUUGCCUUAUUCCUCUUUAUUAUGCCAGUCACAACAUUGAUAGUAAACUACUGCAGAAUUUUCAACACUGUCAGAAAAUCAAGCAAAGUUAAGGUCAUCAAGGUCACAAGUAAAGAUAACCAUAAAGAACAAGAUCAGAUCUCAUCUAAACAAAUAAAACUAUUGAAAAUGUUUGUAUUGAUUGUGGCAUUGUUUAUAGCGAUGAUAUUACCAUUCUUUGCAGCCUCGUUUGUAGUGCUUUUUACGGACACAAUGACCUCAACUAUAUUUACUUGGUCUGUGACCUUGACAUUGGCAAAUACAGCCAUCAAUCCAAUCAUAUAUGGAUAUUUCAAUACCAAGUUCAAACAAGCAUACAAAGAGUUGCUCUGUAAAAGGUGCACAAGAAAAGUGGGCCAUGAAAGAAGUAUCAGCAAUUCACAAGGAACACAUACAGAUGGAGAAUAGAUGUAAGGUUAAACUUGUAACAAAACAUCUGACCUUGAAAAUCUUUAUCAGCACAAGAAUCAUCCAAUGCAGCUUUUGCCAAGGGGGUUCACUUUUAAAAAAAUCCAGGGGGUUCACAUUUAACAACUUUGGCCCAAAAUCAAUUUAAAAGUGUUCAGAAUGGUGAAAAACCACAUGAUUUUGAAAGAAAUUUGGGCCAGGGAGAGGUUCGCUCGAGCCGCCUGCACCCCCUGGUUUUGAAGCUGAUCCAAUUUAUAGUACCAAAAUGACAGGUCUCAGACUGUGAUAGGUCCCCAUAAUCUAUUGAGAACCUCAUUAUGUUAGCUCACAG